CCCCACCUCCGAAAAACUGCGUCUCUGGCGCCGAAGCAGUACCGACAAUUCGCAGGCUGCCCCUCUCCCAACGAAAGGCUGGAAGCAGGAGAGCAGCCGUUGUCCUCCUUGUUUAUUUGUCCGGUUUUUCUAAAUCCUUGCAGACAUGGCCUCCGAUGGCAUGGAUGAACGAUCACCACUGUUGUCAGCACCGAACUCCGGGAAUGUCACACCCACGGCACCGCCGUACUUGCAGGACUCGAGUCCCAGAGCUGAGCUCCCUCCGCCCUACACAGCCAUCGCCAGCCCAGACGCUGGCGGAGUUCCUGUCAUUAACUGCCGGGUGUGCCAAUCCCUCAUCAACCUGGAUGGCAAGAUGCACCAGCACGUGGUCAAGUGCACCGUGUGUAACGAAGCCACGCCGAUCAAGAACCCUCCCACAGGGAAGAAGUAUGUGCGAUGUCCCUGUAACUGCCUCCUCAUCUGUAAAGACACGUCGAGGAGGAUAGGGUGCCCCAGGCCCAACUGCAGACGCAUCAUCAACCUGAGCCCGGUGAUGGUGAUCCCUGAGGAACAGCCUGCCCAGCCCGCCCUGCCCGUUCAGCCAGAGGGCAUGAGAGUGGUCUGUGGUCACUGUGGAAACACCUUCCUGGGCAGUGAAGACUCCAGCCCAUCCCAGGCCCCCCCUGGCCUCGCCCUCGAUGGCGCCCCCCCUCCUUCUGAUCAGCAGUGGAUGGAACUCCGCUUCAACACGUUAGCCAAGUGCCCACACUGCAAAAAAAUAUCUUCGGUUGGCAGUGCCCUCCCUAGAAGGCGCUGUUGUGCCUACAUCACCGUAGGAAUGAUCUGCAUCUUCAUCGGAGUGGGGUUAACAGUGGGCACCCAGGACUUUGCGAGUCGUUACCACGCCACCUACGUGUCCUGGGCCUUCGCUUACCUGCUGGGCCUCAUCUGCCUGAUACGAGCCUGCUACUGGGGCGCCAUCAAAGUCAGCUACCCAGAGAACAGCUUCGCUUAGGCUGCCUCUGCACACGCUGGCACAGCCCGUCCAGAAAGAUGGAAUGAGAAUCCCCACCUUUUUGUAUUUACAUCUUUCUUCAUGUCGAUCCGAUUUUGUACAGGUCAAAGGUUGGGUCUGUUUGACGCUGUUUGGUCUGCGAGGACUCAAAUCCAGCCUCGGGUUUUUGGUUUAGCGAAAUCCAUGCAAACUGAUGAUUGAGAUUGAUCAUAGGAUUGAUUUUCUGAUUUUAGGAAUCGGGUUUUGUUGAUACGGAAAGAAUGGGAGAUUGAAAUGAGUGAUAUUGAAAUCAGACAGUGAUCAGGCUGGUAAUUUAAGAUAGCUGUAAUCACAUGAAGACCGUCUGGAUUUUGCCUCUUCCUGAACGAGUUUUAGCUACGACCACAAGGAACAUAAUGGUACCCAUUUUAUGUAUUGCAUUUUGUCACCAACCAGACCAAACGAGGAGAACUUUUCAAGAACAGUCUUGCCCAUUGCACUGCAGUUAUAUGCAAUUAUUGUGUUCUUUUGCUGCUAGAUUCCCCCCAGCUACAUAAAGCUGCAACCAUACUGUAUGUAACCAUUUACUCUGCCUGUGCAAUGCAUAGUAGGUUUGUCAUAUAUGAUUUUAAUCCAAGGAAAUUAUCAAACUUAAUAAAGAAAUUGUCCUUAAAUGUGUGCCAAUGCUGCCACCCAAGAUCAGUAUUUUGUCAAGAGUAUUCCAGCAAAAGGAGCUUGUGUGUCCUACAGUAUGUACUGUUUGCAAAACGCUGCUUUUACUCACAUAGAGCAAUAAUUGUUGUUUUUGUUUUGGCAUUUUGGAGUGCAAAACUAAUGUAUUACAUCACCGCAUAGUAACAGCCUUCUUGUUUGUGAAUGAGUUAUUGAAACUCACUGAUGAGGAAACCCUUUUUUGCAUGUUUCCCUUAUGUUCCUUCCUUAUGUUUAUCCCUGACCGACGGCAGUGUUAUUUUCUGUUAUGAAUAAAGGAAAAGAUAUCUUCUGUUCUUCUCCUCUGCUCUCCUCAUGCUUUUAGAAUGUAAACCUCUUUCCCUCUCCCCCCUGCUCAUCAUCUGUUUCCCUGACUCCAGUGACCUGUGACCACUAGUGUUGCUGUAGUUAGCUAGCGAAGCCUCCAGUCUCUAGGCUCGUGGGCACUGUUCAAAAACAACCUUGUUCUGAAUGUUUGAAAGUUAACCAAUAAAAACUCUUUGUACAUAGUUUAAUUUCAGUACAUGGAAAAAUGUAGCUUGAGUUUGAUGACGAACGCUCCUGAAUAUCUUUUUAAAAAUGAUAAUUUAUCAAUAAAAUUAAAAAAUGUGUCUCAUUCCUUGAA